AUGCACACAAACAUAUUUAUUUUAGUUUGGCGUCGUAAAAUAUCGCUUUUGCUGCUUUUAUCUUCAUUUCUACUAUUUGGCCUGUGGACGUGGGCCUAUCUCGAUACAAAUCCCAAUUAUCAACAAGGAUAUGGUGUAAAUAACAUACCCGAUUCGGCAGAUGGCAUAGCCAAAGAUUCCUACAAACAUAUCUAUGUCCUGCAAAAACUCAUCUCACAAGCAAAUCGUGUUCUACGCUUUCAGCAAGAAUCCACAUCGAAACUAAGUACAAAGUCGAAAAAAGAUUUACGCUCGCAAACUCACCCGAACAGUCUUGCCAAUUCAGGGUUGGGAAGAUUUUUAAAACCCACUAAAAAUCCAACAUCAAUUGUUAUUGAAGAGGCCUCCGCACAAACUCUAUCACUGGUAGCACGUCGUAAAAAAGGACCCAUAGUUGGAGAAAGUUAUCUCUUCGAAGAGGAACGUCUCAAGAUUUUGGAAAAUCAACAGCGGGUUCGCAACUCCGCCAUGGAUGAAAUACAAAAUCAAAUGGAAAAUGAGGCCCAAAUGUUGUCCUCAGCCGAACGUCAGACACAAUAUGAACAUGAACUUCAGCGUAUGGGUGUACCGGUUGUUGCGGGCAUUGGACCGGAUGGUGCAAAGCCGCCGCAUGAACGUCUCGUUCAUUUGGAUUUGAAGGGAGCGCCACCAAAGAUCUCUUUCCUGAAACAAUUACUACCGGUAAUGAAAACCUUGGGCGCCACUGGUUUACUAAUCGAAUAUGAAGAUAUGUUUCCCUUCGAGGGAAAUAUUUCCACACUCUCUGCUAAAAAUGCCUAUGAUCGAGAAGAAUUACGGGACUUUUUGGAAUCGUGUGCCCAUUUCGGCUUCACCGUGAUGCCCCUGGUACAGACAUUCGGUCACAUGGAAUAUGCAUUGAAAUUACAAGAAUUCACUUCAAUGCGUGAACUGCCAGAUAGUCCACAAUCGAUAUGCCCUAGCCAGAAAUCAUCUCUGUAUUUCAUUGAAGCAAUGCUCACCCAAGUUGUUGAAUUCCAUUUACAAGUGGAAUCUCUAAAAGUAACCCACGUUCAUAUUGGUUGUGAUGAAGUUGCUCGCAUGGGAGAAUGUGUCCAGUGCCGUCAGAAGACCAAAGGAGAACUAUUUCUAAAUCAUGUUAUAAAUGUGGCACAUUUUGUCCGGAACAAAUGGAGUCAUUUGAAAGUGGUCAUCUGGGAUGAUAUGUUGCGUGGCAUGACUCUGAGUGAAAUGCAACAUUCACAAAUUGGUCAAUAUGUUGAACCCAUGAUAUGGGUCUACAUUAAUGACAUCUAUCGUUUUAUACCUCCCAUGUUGUGGGAGCGUUAUACCCGUGUCUUUCCCACAGCCUGGGCGGCAUCGGCAUUUAAGGGGGCUUUCGGUGAAAGUCUUAUGAUACCGCCUAUACAGAAUCAUUUGGAAAACAACAUUCGUUGGUUGGCUGUCAUAGCCAAGGAGGGUGGACGUUUCUCCAAGGGUUUUCAAGGCCUGGCUCUUACUGGUUGGCAGCGUUAUGACCACUUUGCUGUUCUGUGUGAACUUUUACCCACAGGCAUACCCAGUUUAAUUGUGUCCUUGUCCACCGUGUCAAAGGGUUACUUUGAAACAAAUCCCAAAGAAAAUGAUAUGCUGAAAGUUCUUCAGUGUGUCUAUCAAUUCGAUAGACGUCGUUCCGGUCAUCCAUGGCUAGAUUUACAACCGAAUUCACAUCAUAAUCAAUUAUUCUCCACUUGCGUCUAUUUGGGUCAUCAAUUCUACAAAUAUUCAUUGCGUCUCUAUGAGCUGUUAACGGAAAUCCAAAUGUAUUUAAAUCAAGUCCAAGAGCAUAGUGCAUGGAUGUCCGAUUAUAAUGUACGGCAUAAUUUUAGUUCACCCAUUCGUGUCCAUGAGUUGACACAAAAAACGCCGAUUUAUAUAAGUGAACUGCAGGGUAUGUCACGUCAGGCCCAGGAGUUAUUGUAUGAAAUUUUUGAUAAGUACACCAUUGCCGAAUUUAUUGAGCAGACAAUAUAUCCCACAAUCGGUUCACUGCAACGUCAUUUGGCCAAUGCUCAACUUCUGUUACAGCCAAAUCAUUGGCCACAACGGCCACUACCAAUUGCUCAAGCUUUACACGAUUUACAUUUGAUAAGCGAUGAACCACAUCUAAGUGCAGGACAGUCGCAGCAGCAACAACAACACCACCAACAAUUGCAGGCACAAACUCAACGUCAUCAUCAUCAUCCCCACAUGCCAAAUUAA